AUGUGCUUCAAUAUUAUUUCAUUGGCUUUAUCAGGAGCGGCUAUUAAUUUAAAAACGGUCGAGCGAGACAAUUCGUUUGCAGAAAUAUUCGCCUGUCUGUCGAACGUGACCCGCACGUAUUUCGACCGACACACCACUUACUUGUACUUCGACAAAAGCAGAGACGCGGCCGACUUGUUCACAAAAGCCGUGCAGAGUCCGAAAAUGCUCAUGUACAACCAAUUCACCGAGGUCAAAGUGAAAAGCGCGUUCGCGUUCAUCGCCGAAGACGGCAUUCACACGCAACUGUUGAACACUACCGCGCAAAGUUACUUCAUCGCCGUGUGGAAAACCGUGUCGCCGAAAAUGAACGACAUCGGCAAGCUGAUGAAACACUUUUGGAUACACGGCAAGCGCAUAAACGUCGUCGCGCUAAUGCUGACGGAACACCGAACAGUCAACGCGUACACCUACAGGCCGUUCUCGGGUUACGGAUGCGGCGAGCUCGGCACACCGUACCUGAUCGACCAGUGGAUAAACGGUUCGUUCCUGACCGGCGCCGAUCUGUUCUCUUUCCGGGUGAAAACGGAUAACAUGCACGCGUGCCACUUGAAGUGCGUGGGCAACGAACAUCCGCCCGACAGCAUCAUGCGUACCGACGGACGCCGGUUGUUCAUGGACGGCGCCGGCAUCAAAGUGCUGGAAAUCGUGGCCGGCCACAUGAACUUCACGCCGUCGUUCGUCACCGCCAGUCCGUACACCGGACAAAUGUACAAUUGGCACUAUAGCGCCGACGAGCUGGACAACAUCACGGUGAUGCUGAACAACGAGCACGUGGAUCUGGCGUUCGGCUGGUACUCUUACGCUACCCAUAACGAGCGCAACGCCGAAUUGGCCCGGACGACCAGCAUCGACUGUUUCGGAUGGGCCGUCCCGUAUCGGGCGGGCCCGUCGCCACCGCCUUGGACAAACUACGCGUACGAAUUCGACCGAACCAGUUGGGCUUUCAUCGCGUUUAUUUUUCUAGUAGUCACUGGAGCAUUUCAUUUUUUCGUUAAGUUGAAAAAAUUACACCACUGUAACUCGGUGGUGUUUUUCGUGUUCCACACGACGAUCGAUCAGCCGCUCAGAGUGCACACGACUUCGAGCAGCAUGCGCAUGUUCUUGAUUCACUGGUUGUGGUAUUGCAUGGUGAUCAGCGUGGCUUACAAAGCGUCUCUGGGCAGUUUCAUGACGGUACCGUUGCACGGGUUGGAGUUCACCAAGAUGAGCCAAAUACUGGACUCGAAUUUGAUCGUCAUGACCACCCCACAGUCGUUGCGCAUCAUUAACGCCACAAUGGCCACCACGAAAAUAUCCAGGAAGUUCAUGCAGCGGCUACAACAGCUGCCGCCCAUAAACUUCGAAAAGGUCAUAGACCGGUUGGUGAUCGAGAGGGACAUUGCGUUGUUCGAGGUGAAGCGGUCCAUAUACUAUUAUUCUAUACCGCAAGCUCGUCUCAUAAAAGUCAAAAUACCCAUAAGAUUCUUACCCGGGUGUCUGUUGCGGGCUCACACCACUCAGUUCAUGUUCAAUCGCGGCUCGUACCUGACAGAGUCGGUCGACGACAUCCUCAGCCGACUGUUCGAAACGGGCAUUGUCGACCAUUGGAUUGUUCAUCUGGGUUCCAACAAGGUUCUGCCUUUGGAAAAAAUCAAAGGCCGGGUAUUGAAGCUGAAACGUCUGAAGGAAGCGUUUUUGUUUUUGUUCUUCGGUUACGUUGUCGCGUCUGUUGUGUUCUUAGCAGAAACAUGCUGGUCAAAAUGCAUUCACGGUACAAGGGUAUCUCCCGAGCACGGUAUCUUUCCAUUCGUACAUUAAUAUCAUUUCCGUUUUAAUUAAACUCUAACAGAAGAGUUGGUUUUAGAAAUGAAAUUGCCUUAACAGUAUAGAUUCGAAACUUUUAAAAAUAUUAUUGUUAAACGUGUUUAUGUCAAAACGAAAUGGUCAUGGAAACAAAU